GACAGGGUGACUAUUUGAUGGCAUGGACGCGUCCCGCUUCCUUUGCAUCAUCAUCAUCAUCAUCAUCAUCAUCAUCAUCAUCACCACCACCAGCAUCAUCACUCCGCCCCACACAGUCUCACCUCUGCAGCCUCUGGAGGAACGUCUCGAGCUUCUGAAGCCUGAGAGAAUCACUUCCAGGAUCCGACUCUCACUUUGGACGCUUUCUUUUAGGAACUUGUGACAAAGGCAACAUUUACUGAGGGUGCAAGAAGGAUGCUGGGCUUCUUUGGAUGCUUUUCUUGCCUUUUUGUGGCUUCUGUUGUACAUGCGGAUGGCCGAGUGUUUGUGGUGGAGCUCAGCAAUUCCUCCAGUUUUCUGGGUUUCCGGGAGGCCGAGCAGGCGUGCGCCUCUCAGCAGGCCCGCUUGGCGUCGGCGGCCGAGCUCCGCCACGCAGUCAUGGAGUGCUUCUUUUCGCUGUGCACCCGAGGGUGGCUGCACGGUGGCACCGUGGGGACCACUGUGUGUAAUUACGUGGGUGGCUCGCUGAAAGCCGUGGACGUCAGAACGGAAAACGCAACAGGCGACUCGACGCAAGUGAAUGGCUUCUGUAUCAAAGACAAGGGCGUGCCGUGCGGCGACCCUCCGUCUUUCCCGAACACCCGUCUGCAGGGUCACAGCGGCUUCGAGCUGGGUGACGAGUUGCUGUACGCGUGCGUGCCGGGCUACGUCAUGCCCAACGGCCACAGUGCCUUCAGUCUGCUGUGCGAUAGCUGCGGGGAGUGGUACGGACUGGUGCAGAUGUGUGUCAAAGAUUCCACUGAGGGUCACGUGGACUACGAGGACAAGUUCACGUACGGAGGUACGGUGGAGGCUCAUGGCCAAGUCUACGAGGAGGCUCAUGGAGGACCCCAAUCAGAGGAACCUUGGGGUCAAGAGCUGCAAGACAUGAGCUUCACAGUCAAAGGAGAGCAGCCAGAAGACUAUGGUCAACAGGAAUUGGAAGAUGUAGACCAUAGGGAGGAACAGGCCCUUGAAGACUCUGCAGGGCAUCCCAGAAGGGAGGAGGACAGACGUGAGGUGACGACAAUCCCCACAGAAGCGCCCGUCUCUCUUCUGUCGCAGAAACAUCGCUUCUGGUUCCCCUCGGAGACAUUCCAGCAGCAGGAGGAGCACCUUGUGUCUGUGGACCCAAUCACUCACAACCCGCAGAGGCCCUCCGGCGGCCAGUCGAAGGAGAGCAGGGAGGAGGAGAGAAGGCCGCACCACCAGGAGCAAGAUAGUGAUGAACGCCAUGAAGAUGACGACCACCAGGGUCAAGUAGAACAACACAUUACAUAUGAGGAACUGGACGACCGCAGCCGCCACAAAGACCGCCACGAUGACCAUUAUGACAUGGGCGAGCAUGAGGAGGAACGUGUUCGCUACGACGACCAGCAUGACACUGACGAGGAACAUGAGGACGACGUGACUCACGAUGGCGACGAUCAUCAGGAGCAACUGGAUGGUUCUGAGGAGCGUCCAGACCAGGACGACCAUGAUGACAAUAAGGACAACAAAGACCUUGAUGACCAUUUUGACCAUGUGGAUCAUGACAGCCACGAGGACCAUACAGACCAUGACGACCGUGAUGAUCAUGACAACCCUGAGGAUCACGACGACCAAGAGGAUCAUGAUCAACAUGAGGAUCAUAAUGACCCUGAGGACCAUGAUGACCAAGAAGAUCAAGAUGACCGUGAUGACCACGACGACGAUCAUAGCGACCAUGACGACCAUUUGGACCAUAUGAAUCACAACGACCAUGAUGAUCACGACCACCAUAAGGACCAUAAGGACCAUUAUGAAGACACCGAUGACAACGAUGACUUUGAUGACGGAAGGAAAGAUGACAACGACAGCUACGAAAACCACGACAGCCACGAAGACCAUCACGAUAAUGAUGGUCACCAACGUGUCGUCUUUUCCACAACAAGAGACAGAACCCAGAACAUCACCCGGGGGGAACCAGGACAGGUGGCCACCACUGAUGACUCUUGGCUGGACGGGCACCCGGUGGCAGUCGAAGAGGGUGUGGUGGGGGAGACAGUUGCCAGGGCAACGGACAACCCCAAUGAGGUGGAAAAGAACAUCCCUGAAGAAUGGGAGACCCCUGCUCCAGACAACCCUGCAUCAUCCUCAGAUUCUGCAUCCUCCCUGGAGUACGACACCCAGCAAGUGGUGCCCACACACUCCUGGCUGCUGGACCUCACCCAGCACCCGUUCUUGCACCACGGCCCGGCACACGAGGACAACGUUGUGGAACACACCCUGCCCGACCUGCCCGGCGAGACCAGUGAAAGGGGCAAGGUGGAGGGAGAGGCCGGGGAGACCAUUUGCGUUGGGGAGAGCUGCCCCCCACCCAGCUCCAAUAGUCGGGGUCCCAUCGUGGCAGCCAUCAUCGCAGCAGUGUGCUUAGUGGCAGCGGCCGUUGUGGUCACAGUGUGGUGUUACCGGCAGCGACAGCAGAAGAGCUCGGUGUACGAGAUGAACGGGAAGGGACAGAGCAGCCAGCAGAUGGAGAUGCAGCAGAAGGUCUAAGAAGGACAAAGGGAGGGGUGGGGGCAGAGGUAUUUGGGAGGAACCCAACCUCUUGGGAGAUGUUCAAAAACGAGUCGGACUGCGACAGAAAUAGAAGUACACUGAUCCCUCGGAAGUUGAACGCAAUGUGUUAGGUUUGGAUUUGGUAGAUCCUAUUAGUAUAGCUAAGAAAAGAGCUGUCAAUGGUAAAAAACGCGCAACUUUGAUGAGCAUUACUAUGGAUGGUAAGUUUUCCCCUAGUUUGGAAUGUCACUGAUUCCUUUGCCAGCGGGUAUGCACGCAUAAAAAGGCAAAGAAAUCUCCAAAAACAAGUCAACAAAGCUUCCGUUCCACUGUUUGAACAUAAUUUACUUCAAAUUCUUCAAGUUCUGAGGAUCUACUGUAUGUUCUAAAUUGUAAGGACUUUUUUGUCUUUUUUUUAUGUUAGCUGCUGGUAGGGUAAGGUUGGGAUGGUACGGCAUCUGACAAAAGGGAGUACAAGCCCUCACAAUUCCUCAAGCAAGUAUCGUCAAUGGACAAUAAAAAAAAAGCACAAUUGGAUAUAGGUACUUUUGCGGAGUCAGCAAACAGCUUGCAUAAGAGUAUAGAUUUACUGUUCCUAGACACUGACAAUCAGUCAACACAGCCAUUUCUGUCAUCCCUGGUUUAUAAUAGUAGGGGUCUUUAUUUAUAAAUGGAAUAUUUUCGUAUUUGGAGCAUAGAAAAACCUACAUGUAUUUACGACCGUCUAAAUGCGGGCUUUCAACACUAUUAUAGCCCUCUGGACAUGAAAUAACACCUUUACACUCCUAUUACCCAAUAUAGUAAACAUAAUAAUAGAAAAUAAGACAUAAUAUAGACUCACACAUGUAAGCAUCAGUAAAGUUCCUUGUUGUUUCGUUUUUUUUACUUCUGGGAUUUCUUGCGAUGCGUACUGACACCUAGUGACCAGUGUGGAAUACUACAUCUCAACAUAUCUUUCAAUGCGUCUCGACCAUGAUAAGUGAAUUCCCACGAAGAAGGCGUCCUUGGACAUAAAAUAAAACCCCUAUGGUCACCUUUACACUCCUAUUACCCAAUAUAGUAGACAUAAUAAUAGAAAAUAAGCUAUGAUAUAGACUCACACAUGGUUGUUUGUCUAUAUGUGCCCUGCUGUCUGGCGACCAGUCCAGGGUGUACCCCGCCUGUCGCCCGAAGUCAGCUGGGAUAGGCUCCAGCAUGCCCCCACGACCCUCAUGAGGAGAAGCGGCAUAGAAAAUGGAUGGAUGGAUGUUUGCACCUGCAGUGUUCCUUGUUGUUGUUUCUUAUUUUUACUUCCGGGAUUUCUUGCAGUGGCUACUGACACCUAGUGACCAGUGUGGAAUACGACAUAUAAACGUGUCUAUGUUUCUAUUUUACUUCAUUUAGUAAUUUUUAUACUUGAUUUAGGCCACAAAUAUGUAAAACGUGCUUAAACGUGCAUAUUUUUUGACUAAUCAUAGGCCAUAGUCGGAACAGGAACGGAACAGCGCUGAUUUAUUAAUCAAUAUAGUUUGAAAAAACGUGAUAGAGCGAAGCUGCAAAAUUUGAAGCACAAUGUGGUGAGCUGGACGACUGUAUUGUGUAAAUAACCGACAAUACAAAAAGCAAGAUAACUGUCUUGUCAACAGCCAAGCGUGGCGCACGAGUGCUGCUGGCACGCUGGGAGCUGUGGUUCAUUGAGGGUAAAGAUGUUGGAGCUCAUCUUUUCCUUCAAUGAACCUUCCCGGCAGCACUCGUGCAUCCCCAGGCCAUGGCGCUACCUCCACCACAACUCACAAUUAUCUCGCCACCGGCUUGUGUAUGCCAGACAUAUUUUGACAAUAAUGGCCAUACAAGCUGUACACUGACUAUUCUAAAGCUUACUUUCUACAGAUAUAACAAUAAAAUGCUUGCUGUACUCAACUUUGUCCGAUACUGUAGCGUAUUUGGGAGGCAACUUCGGAAAACCACGAGAGAGAACAAGAGAGGAGAACUGUAGAUGCAAACCUCCCAGGCUCUUGCACAUUGUGGUAUUUCUUUGGAUUUUUUUGCUGAUGCUUCCUUUUAUGUCAUUUUGUUGCCAUGGCGACACAACAAGCUGCAGGAAAGAAACAUUGAAAGUAUAUAGGUCACAUGCUGUGGGCAUACAUACUGUAUGUGUGUGUCUGCCAUGGCAACAAGGCCCAAACACGCUGUGCUACACUUUCAGUUGAAGUCGUCAUCUGAAAGCAACUUUGCUGAUUGAUUCAACUUUUUUUGUGAUCAUAAUUAUUAGUGGCGCUCUAACACGUAGAUCCUAAUGAAAUGUGCCGCCAUGAUGAUGAAUGUAACAACUGAUGAUAUUUUCUUGUGUUGUUGUGUGGGGAUUAUUAAUCACCACAUGAGAUGUGUCUGUGCGUGUGUGCGUGUGUGCGUGUGCGCGUGACUUUAUGUGGUAGCAUCUUGCUCACAUAUCACAGCUUGGUGUUUGUUGUUGUUUCGCAUUUGUAGUGUUUCUAAAGCGUAAUUGGCUGGAGAUAAAAUUAUGUUGUUUUUCCAAAUUGGUGUGACAUUUUUGCUGACGGUGCACAAGACACGUGGGAAUGUUGUUAAAAAGCGUAUACAGUUCGUGCUAGACAAAUUGCUACACGGGUUAAGAAACGGUUCAGUGAUUUGAUAUGAUUCGAUACACUGCACAAAUGAUAUGAUUUGAUACUAUAUGAUUCGAUACAGUUCUAAGGUUACAUUUCUUGAUUAAUUGCACGUUGCAAAUACAGAAGCCAAUUCUAUUAAAGUGGCAUUCUUACAGUAUUUUCAAAUGUGUAAAAGAGCUCAUCAUAUCCCCAAGCAUGCUGUAAGACAGGGGUCCCCAACCACCCGGCCGCGGGAAAUGCUCAGGGGCAAUGAUUAAAAAAAAAAAAAAAACACUUACAAAAAGAAAAUAAUUUGUUAAUAACUAUAUCAAAUUUUAUGUAAAUUGAUAUCACUUUUGGAAAGCUGGGACAUUAUAAUUUAAAAAGUAAUAUACAGUUAGAAAUCCCAGUUUUUGCAUGUAUAAGUUGUUGCCCCACUUCGUUGGACGGUCCUUGAACGCACCAUCUAACUUUCUCCCACGCUGCACAGAUGGACUACCAAAGUGUAUUUUGUACCUUUUUUCUUUCACCUCAUAUUUGUUGCCAAAUGCUGAUAAUAUGUGGGAAUGCAUAAAGGUAAGAUUUGAGUGCAUUAUUAAGGGCGUUUUAUUUGGGGGUGUUAUUGAGUGUUAAUGUUCAUAUUGCACCUCUCUGAAAAACAAACUCCAUGCUCAUACUGGUGGACGGUGGGUCUUUAUUAAUUUUGUGCUUUUAAUUUGAUGUUGUUCCUGUCUUAGUUUUACACAAUACAUAAUUAAUAAGAUCAAUUAGAUGGCUAUAAUGUACGUAUGUAUGGCUGAUGUGUUGAAAAUCUUUCCCGGUGAGAAGCUAGCGCCCUGCUAAUGCUAGCGCUGCUAAUGCUAUUUACAUUCAUUCUGGUCUUCAUUCAUGGUAAUCUACGGAGCAUGCCGGCAGCCCGGGCUCUCACGUUGUUUAAGAGACGGACUAUCAACCUAGUCUUGCGAUAACCGGUGCAUGUGUCUACAAUCGAUUAAUCUAAACAUUUAUGACUGGUUGUUAUCGAUCCAGCCAAUGCAGCCGCGUUCUAUCGCUUGUCAAACCGGAUAUCCGGUCGCAUAGGUUUAUCUUUCACAACCCUGGUCGCCACUUAGCAUGCGCGACCCCACAAAUUCGCGAAAACCUCAGCUUAUUUGAUGAUUUCUUUACGCGCAAGGAACCUGCCUGGUAUUUACACCCUUACUCACAAAUCACAAACCAGCAGGAGCUCAUUGACCCAAAUGCCCACCUACUCACGGCGCAACAAAACAAUACACAACAAUACUAUUUUAUACUAAAGGGUGUGCUGGGAAGCCCAGGUGCACAUUUCCCCAAAAGGAAGGUGCCCAGCAUACUUUGCGGGUUAUACAUGAGUAAAAAAUAAUAUUGUUUAUUAUUGUGUAAGAAUUUAUUUUGAUACCUGCAUCGUCCUUGUGGUGCAGUACAUUGUGUGUUUUUGGUUGCACCGAGAGUGAGGAAGAAGUUUGUUUUUUUGUUGAGUAUCAAAAUAGUGAUUUUUCUGUGUGUCUCAUAUAUAUUUGUAAGUUGCCACCAUUUGUGGAUGGUCUGAGAACGCAAUACCCACGAACAGCGGAGAUCUACUGUUUACGUUCAGAAAAGCCGGGCUGUAGGAUUACUCCACAGUUGAGUUUCACGUGUAAAACACCAGCGAGGUGAUUUUAGGCUUUACUUGAACACUGCAUGACAUCAGCAUUACUGUACAGUAUGUGGAAGGAGUGAUGCUCCGUGCUUACAUAAGCUGCUGUCACAUCCUAGACCGAUUGGCUCAUUUAUUCAAUGGAGUUCACUCGUGGGUGUCAAAAUGUGUCCAGACUCAAGCCCAGUUCUGUAUUCCUGCAGCCGGGUGUGAAGCGGCCUGCUCCGGGUUCCGAUCAGGCGCUGUCGCACGAUGAAAGGAAGAGAAGGAACGAGGAAAUAUGACCCAACAUUUGAUCACGUCUGCUGUGUUGCAAUUGGAUGAAAAGCGUGUACAGUUCUGUGUUCUGU